AACAACACAACCCGAGUGUGCGAAGGACAAGUCCCAAGAUAUGAUCAUCAUAGUUUGCGGUCUAGAUCGUGCCACAUUCGUCGGAAGCCAUAGCUCAGGAUAUCUUCCACGAAUCCGCUCCGAUUAUAGCCACAGCCAUAUUUCCUCCGCUUUUCGCAGUUCCCAUCCACGUCGCUUAGUAUAUCCGGCCAUGUGCAAUGCGCUACACGGCCCGAAACACUGACGAUCUAUUCGAAUUGCUUCCGAUCGCCGCAUAUCGCGGCUCCAAUUAACAUGAAAGAGGAUGGCCAAUCAGAAUCCGAAGAAGGCGAAUUCGUCGCUCCGGUCGACCCGAAUCUCGCUAACUCGGCUAGCUCGUUGCCACGUGGCAGCGAUCCGGACGAACCUGCCGUGUCACACACGGAAGCGCAGCGGGAUCCGAUCACUGAACGAUCCGCGUUAAGAGCUGGAUCAGUUUAUGAGACUCAGAAACCUCCUGCUCCUAGUAGAGGCGCGGAGAACCAGGAAAGGCCAGAUCAGGCAGACAGAACGAGAGACGCGGGAUCGAAACCAGGCAGAGACAAAAAAUGGGCAAGUGAGGAUGGAUCUGUGCCGGGCAUUCCGGCGAUUGGUCAGGAGGAGGACGACGAGGAUGCGAUGUUCAGCGAAGUUGCCAGGCUUUGGGCUGGACAUACGUCUGGGCACGGAGCUGGGCAUGCACCCGGGCAUGCACCCGGGCUCGGAUGUAACAUACCGUCGAGCGGCUUGCCCCCCUCGUCCGGUCUCCCCGCCGGUCUGCUAGGCGAUCCAGGCGCAGGGUGGUCGCACGGGUUCGGGUCGCACGUUCGUGGUUCGCACGGGCAUGGAUCGCACGGGCGUGGUUCGCACGGGCAUGUGUCGCACAGCAACCACCACGGGAGACAUGGGAGACAGAUGGUCGACGCACUUGGGGGAGUGGCAGGGAUCGGCGCGGCAAGCGGGUCCCCCGUGAAGCCUCGUGGGUGGACUAUGGCUCCAGAUGCUGCGGCUCCUGGGGGAGCUGCUCCUGAGGCUUCUGGUGAUGCUCGUGCUGGUGCUGGUGCUGGUUAUAUUGACGAUGAUGCAGUCGACGGCUCAGGGUUUAAGAGAUUCAAGCUCCACCAUCCGCACCAUCCCCGCCAGCGGCACCCGCAUUCCGAUCCGCACCCCCAUCCCCAUCCCCAUCCCCAUGCCAAUCACCCGCAUCACGCCCAUCACCAUCCCCAUCACCACCGGAACCGGCACCACCAUAAGGGCAAGGCGCAUGAAGGCAGCAAGGCCGGAGUUAACAGUGCUUCUGCUACUGCCGCUGCGGGUGGCGCUGGUGCUGGCGGCAGUGGUAGCAUGGCUAAUGCUGCGGAUGCGUCCGCGGGUGGGUCGGAGAUUGGGGUUGCCGCGGAAGACAAGCGGAAGGAACGGUCGGGGGAGAAGGCGGGGGAGAAGGCGGGGGACAACAGGGCGGAGGCGGAGAGAGCAGCGGCGGAGGGGGCAGGAGGACGGGGGAAAGAGGCGGAGAGGGCGGGAGAUGCGCGCGUUAGUGCGGAGAAGGGCCAGCUCUCAGCGCUGCUGGCGAGCGGAGGGUUCUGGGGAGGGGAGGAGGUGGAGGAGGAGGAAGAGGAGGCGGGGGAGGGUGAAGGGGCGAGAGGCGGUAGAAGUGCAGGAGGUGGGGGGGCGGCAGGUGAUGCUACACAGAGGAAUGGGAGAAUGGGAGAGGGUGGGGGUGAGGAAGGGAGGGGGAGGGACGGAGGGGAAGGAUGGGUGGGGAAGAGGAAAAGGCACGAGUGGGACGAGGACGGCGGGAAUGGCGGGCGACCAGAUGGGGGAUUCCGGGGGCGCGGAGGGCAAGGCAGCGGAAGGGGCGGUAGGGAAGACUGGCAUGCGAGGGGAAGAGGGGGAGGGGGAGGGGGCGGAGGGCACAGGCGGCGGAUGGAAGCGGGGCCCUCCCGCAUCUCCGUGCCCUGCAAGUUCUUCCUGGGCGGGCGCUGCAGCAAGGGCGCGUCCUGCCCGUUCCCGCACACGGGCGUCCCGCGCACCAAGAACGAGCCGUGCAAAUUCCACGUCACCAACUCCUGCCUCAAGGGCGACGACUGCCCCUUCUCCCAUGACUUGGCGCGCUUCCCCUGCAAGUACUUCCACCUGGGGACGGGGUGCCUGGAUGGGGAGCGGUGUAGGUUCUCCCAUGGCAGUGCGGAGGAGAGGGAGCUGGUGCGGCUGAGGGAGAUUUGGCAGAGGGACAGGCCAUGGGGUGGGUCGGGGGAGAGGCAGGGGUACAGAGAGGUGGAGAGAGGGAAGGAGGGGUUUAGAGAGGUGGAGAGAGGGAAGGCAGGCGGGGAGCCGGGUUUGGGAGACAGGUUGGGAUGGGCAGGGGGUGAGAGUGGUGGGAGGGGGGAGAGUGGGGCGGGAGGAAGACGCAUGGGUGGUGCGGUUGGCAGUGUGGGUCGCGGCGGUAUUAUUGGUGGUGCUGGUGGUGGUGGGAGAGGAGGGAGAGGUGCAUGGGUGGUCAAGGUGGAAAGCUGGGCGGACAAGGGGGAAUGGACAGGCGGGAGGGGGGGGAUGGGCGGAAGGAAGGGGAAGGGGGCAUGGGGGGUUAUGUGCGGAAGGAAGGGGAGAACAGGAGCGGUGGUUACAAUGGUAGUAGUAGAUAUGGUGGAGACGGUUCCAAUGCAGGACCUGAGGGCAGUGGCAUUCCUCCUCCUGCUCCUGCUGCUGCUGCUGAUGCUGAUGUUAGUGAUGCGGCCGGUGCUGGUAAUGAUGGUGCGGAUUAUGAUUCUGAUGAGGAGGAGGGGAGCGGUGGUGUUCCCGACCCAUAUGCUGCUGGUGCUGAAGACCCAUAUGCUGCUGGUGCUGCAGACCCAUAUGCUGCUGGUGCUGCAGACCCAUAUGCUGCUGGUGCUGCAGACCCAUAUGCUGCUGGUGCUGAAGACCCAUAUGCUGCUGGUGCUGCAGACCCAUAUGCUGCUGGUGCUGCAGACCCAUAUGCUGCUGGUGCUGCAGACCUGGGGACGGACACAUACCCAUAUGGUGCAGAUGGGACGGCCGGCACAGGUGCAGCAUCGGUGCAUGACUUUUUGGCACGAGCAGCGGAGUUCUUUGCGGACGGGGAGACGGGGGGAAGGGGGGAUGCGCCCCUGUAUGGCAGCAUGGAGUAUAUCGGCGAGGCGGGCGGGGGUGCGGGGCCUAGGUAUGCACCUGACUAUGAAACAGGGGGGGAAGGACCCGAAUAUGCACCGAAGUACGAAGCAGCGGGUGUGCCUGAUUAUGCAGGAGGAGGGGAGGGGCCUGGAUACAGCCGCAUGGGGUAUGCAGGCAUGGCAGGAGGGAAUGGCACAGGGCACAAUCCGUACACGUGGAUGCACAAUGAAGAGGAAGAGGAGGAAGCGGAGGAGGAGGAGGAGAGGGGAGAGCAGCAAGAGGGGAAGCAGCAGGGCGGGACAGUGAGGGCGAGGACUGGGGGGGUUGAUGAGGAACCAGAAGGGAGAGCUUCACAGCUCAGCAACAUGGCUGGACGUGUUGAGAAGCAGCCACCACCAACAGGGGGUGCUGCGCCAACAGGGGGUACAGCACCUUUGUCUUACAGCAAGAAUGAGACAGUUAAUAGCGAGGAUGUGGAUGGUGAGAGGGUGUCCAGGACGAGAGCGAAUGUGGCUUCGCUCCUCAGCCAGGUGCUAGAUAGCUAGAGAGGAAUGAUAGAUAGCCUUAGGUAGAUUGCUAGUAAAAGUAUAGCCUUGAUAGUAGUUCGUUACAUAGGAUAGUGCCCUAGAAGGAAUGAUGUGGCAUACAAUAGCUAUUGGAUUCGUUGCCUUCUAUG